UUAAUUUUUGACAUUCAAACUAGAUUAGAUGCGAUAAAAAUGGCGGAUGAUGUAGAAAACGACGACCAGUGGUUAUACGGCGAUAGUUCCGAUCAUAUACCUCAAGAAAAUGAUAAACCAAGCGAAAACAAUGAGGAAGUAGCCGAUAAACCCAUCGAAGAAGAAAAACCGCCGGAAAUAAAGGAAAGUGAAACUGAAGAAGCUCCUCCAGAAGAGAAUCCCGAAGAGCAACAAGAAAAUGAUGAGGAAAAUGGGGCCCCUGAAGAUGGAGAGAUUGAGAAACAACCAGGAGAUAGUGAUAAAGAAGAUUUUGAUGAAGACAGUGACGACGACGUCAACGUGGUUAUUGGGGACAUCAAAACAAGCCCCACUUACACUUCGUUAAAUAUAAAACGAGGGGGAUUAUUAACAACCACCACAAGUGAUAAAACUAAACAAGCACCGGCAGGGAAAUUUAGUAUCGAUGAAUUUGAUCAACCAGGAUCAAUAAAUGGAGUCCCUGCUACAGACUUUAAUCUUGAUUCUCUUGAAGAUAAACCAUGGAGAAAACCGGGAGCUGACAUAACAGAUUAUUUUAAUUAUGGUUUUAACGAGGAUACAUGGAAAGCUUAUUGUGAACGACAGAAAAGGUUACGUAUGAACGAAUCAGGUGUGGGAUUGGCUCCGUUGAACGCGAUAGGGAUGCCCAGGGGACCAGUGCCAAUCAUGAACGACAACAGCAAAUAUUCAGGAAAUUAUUCAACACCACGUAAGGCUGGACCACCUCCUGGUCGACGUAUGACUGGUUCUAUUGAUGUUAUAGGAGGAUUGUCCACCCGGAUGGGUUCUGCCGCAGGAAAAAUGGACGCCCCCAAGGAAAACGUCAUUCAGGUGAUGACAGCGGAUCGAAGAGAAUACAGUAGGAAACCACCAGGUUUCCCAGAUAUGUCAAUGCCACCGCCGAACUUCGAUGAUUUCCAACCAGAAUACGGAUUUAAUCCAGAACCAGAACCUUUUUAUGGUGGAUAUGAACCUACUCAAGACUCACAAUGGGGCGGAUCAGAUACAAAUGCGGGAUGGCAACCUCAAGAAAUUAAGUCAUUAACAGGUGGUCCACCACCAAUUGUACCCCCAGUAGGACCCCCAACAGGAAUUCCACCGCCAAUGGUAACAGCUCUCGGCCCAACAUCUGGUCCUAUCAAAGAAGGAUCGCCACAGCGAGAGAUACGAGAUCAAGAAAGCAGAGGACGAUCCGAAAAACCAAGAGAGAGGGAGCGAGAAAGAUCACAUCGUCGGGAAAGAUCUAGAAGUCGGUCAAGAAGACAUAAGUCCAGGUCCAGGAGUCCUAGCCAUAGAAGUCAUAGGAAGAAGAAGUCUAGGAGGCAUGAAGAUAGUGACUGACAAGAGGAGGAGUUUGAAUAUGAUAGGAGGACUGAAUAUUGAUAAUUUUUUAUUUUGUUUCCCACUUUCAAUGUAAGGAAUAAAUGUAGUUUUCAAGCAUUUAUGAAAUAAUUAAGGAUGUAUAAUAUAUAGGACUAUACAAAUUA